AUGCAAAUGACAGAGCCCAUCCAGGGCAUUCAACGGGAACUGCAAGGACAUGUCCAUCUCGUCUCCAGCUACCGUUUCCCUCAACUCGCACAGCUGCAUCCCGACAAGGUAGCUGAGUAUCUACUCGGUGCCCCGAAAAUCGCGCGCGAUCAAGCGACCUUCUAUUGGACGUACCUCGAUCGACCGGCCGAUGGAACGGUGUUGCUGGUCUGGCAAUCCGCGCAGCUUGGGACGGAAUUUCCUAGCGAUGGAUACAUCUGGACUCCUGGGGAGAGCUCUUUUGCGAUUGAAGUGGCGGGGGGAUAUACGCUGGAAAUGUACCAGCAGAAGACUGGAUAUGGCGCAAAUGAACCUGUCGCAACACAUUCUCGUCGUCGAUAUCGUUUGAUGCAUUCGAGAACUAAUCCAGGUGGCCCUUCGCCGGAUCCUUCCUUAUGGAUCAUACACUACACACAGUGCGAACCUCACGAUCGAGUCCCGUCGAAUGUCAUUCCCGUCGAUAUGCGCGUGCGCGAGAUCAUGAACACAAGAGCAUACCUACAUUCCCACGGACAGAUUGUGCAGAAGGAAUUCAUGCUACACGAUCGUCAGAAUUGGCCCUCGAUCGCCUUUCCAAGAGGCCAACCGCGAGGUCAGCCAAUUUACGGACAGGGUACACCGGCUCCAAGAGUUCCCCAGACGAUGGCAUAUCCUACACAACCUCAUCCUACAGCUGGACUCCCACCUUCGAAGCGAGCGAAGACUCAAGCAAGUGCUAGCCAAGCUGCUGCUUCUGCCGCCGCCGCUGCGAGCGCUGCUCCUGGUCUCGAUGCCGAUGAUGAGGAGGACUUCUCUCGAGGUGAUUACUUUGAUCUAUUCACGCCCCGCGAUAUCAGUAUCGCGAGAUACAAACAGAACCACGAGUGGAUGGAAGAGAUCCUUUCUUCGCCAUACGCUAUUCAUCAGAUCAUCCCCUCUGAUCUAGGACUUGGUCGACGUGGAGAGCUUCAAGGUCUUACGGAUGGCAUCUUCGAUGCGCCUACAGAUCCUGCUACGGAUGUUGUGAAACACAGCUAUGUUGGGCGAUUGGAUCCUGAGAAGGCAGAAUUGUUCCGACAGAGGGCUAAAGAGCACAUUGCUGAGACCAAUGCUGAGAUGGAGAGGAUGAAAGCUAAGCAUGCGAAGCGACUUGCGAAGUUCAAGCGAGGAUCUGCCAUCACUCAGGCGGAGAAGCAAUUGCGCACUGCUGUGGAGAACCCAGAUGAUAUGGGUCAUGAGUUCUGGCGUCUCGAAGGCAAAAUUGAGGAGAAUGAGGAGGGCAAGGUCAUCAACAAGGCUACAUUACGAGUUUCUGAUAUUGUUGCCCAAGUUGAAGCUUCGGUUGGUCGUCAUGCGGCUGCAGUCAAGGAACUCAUCCGAAUCCAAGAUGGCGGCUUUGAAGAAGCACCUGUUAUUCCAUCACCUCCACCUGUCGUACCAACUCCACACGUCGCCACACCCGCUUCCCAUACUGGAUCUAUCGGCGCUUCACAAAAUGGCUCGAAUGGAUCACAACACAGCGGAGUUCUUGUCGGCGACGCAGAUAUGGAUAUGAGCAACUCUGCAGCUGGGCUACUCGACCAAUACCACACUGGUCUCUCCUCGAACGCGACCCCCGGAACAGGUAGCAACUUCCCAACUCCACAGCCUCUUUUGCAACCACCUUCUUCGGCUGGUACCCCAAGCAAUCUGCACAUUGCAUCUCCACAGCCUACCACCCAGGCACAAGAUCAGCCGACUCCAGAUGUUUCAAUGUCCAACACCGCAAACGAUCAAGCUCCAACAGACACAACAGGUGGAGACUGGGUCGUCGUUCCUCCCGGAGGCGUCUCACCCGCCAACUCAGGCCCGGGCUCAGGCACAGGACCAGCCCAAGCACAAACCCAACCACCACAACCCAAAUCCACUUCUCCCACACCACCCCUCCCCAACCCCGUCCUCACAGACACCAACCUCAACCCAUCCGCACCACCCAGCAACAACCCCUCUCCUCAUCCCGCCAUCACCGGCACCGGCACCGGCACAGGCACAGGCACAGGCAGCGCCCCACUAUCAACCGCCAACACACCCGGUACCAACAACCCACUCCCAGAUUUCCACACCUCGCCCAACGAUUUCGCAGAUCUAGGCGAUCUCGAAGGCGCGAGUGAACUCGCCAAUUACACUGGUGAUCUCGGUGGUGAUGGUGCGGAUUUGGGGGAUUUGGGACUCGACAUGGAUGUUGAUGUUGAUGCUGGGAUGGAUGUCGAUGUCGAUGUUGAUGGGGGCAUGGGUUUGGAUGAUUCGGCUUUUGGGGAUGCGUUUCAUGGGGUUGAGCCGAGGGGUAGUGGGGUGGGGGAGGAGGAGGGUGAGGGGCUUGGAGAUGGGGAGGGGCUGGGUGGUGGGUUGUGAGGCUGAGGCGUAAGGUACGAGUUCUUAUCGGAGUAUAUGAUGAGGGACGAUGAAUAAAGGGGAGAUGGUGUGGUUGCUACCUUCGCGUGUCAAGUGUGUACGGAAAUAGGAAGUUGGAGGGAGACGUUGAUCUGAGCUGUAAGAUGUAUAAUAGACCAGUUGUGUUGUUUUUAAAUCCGCUUAUUUGCUUGGCUUCUAGAACAUCCAUUCAAGGUCCC